AUGAGUGGUGGGUCUAUGCAUUCUGGUUUGGUUGGGCUUGUGUGCCUGGCCAUUGCCUCUGCUAUUUGUUGUUCAAAUGUUGGAAGCUCUAACAACAUCAUGUGCUUGGAGAGUGAAAGGCAUGCUCUUCUCCAGUUCAAACAAGGCCUUGUGGAUGACUCCAAUGCUCUUGCCUCUUGGAAAAGUGAGAAAGCUUGCUGCAAGUGGAGAGGAAUAGCAUGCAACAACCAAACAGGUCAUGUCAUCAUUCUAGAUCUCUCUUAUAGUUAUUACGAUUCCACUAAAUGGAGAGGUGAAAUUAGUCCUUCACUACUUGAAUUGCCAUAUCUAAAUUACUUGGACCUCAGUUAUAAUGAUUUUGGAGGAAUGAUCAUUCCGAAGUUCAUUGGUUCUUUGAGUCAAUUGAAAGAGCUCAAACUUGCAGAUGCUAAUUUCAGUGGACCUGUUCCUCCCCAACUUGGAAACCUCUCUAAUUUGCACACUCUUGAUCUUUCCUCCAAUGAUUUUGAAGGAAUGAUGAUUCCCAAAUUCAUUGGCUCUCUGAGUCAAUUGAAAGAACUCAAACUUGCAGAUGCUAAUUUCAGUGGACCUGUUCCUCCCCAACUUGGAAACCUCUCUAAUUUGCACACUCUUGAUCUUUCCUCCAAUGAUUUUGAAGGAAUGAUGAUUCCCAAAUUCAUUGGCUCUCUGAGUCAAUUGAAAGAACUCAAUCUUGCAGAUGCUAAUUUCAGUGGACCUGUUCCUCCCCAACUUAGAAACCUCUCUAAUUUGCACACUCUUGAUCUUUCCUCCAAUGAUUUUGAAGGAAAGAUGAUUCCCAAAUUCAUUGGCUCUCUGAGUCAAUUGAAAGAACUCAAUCUUGCAUAUGCUAAAUUCAGUGGACCUGUUCCUCCCCAACUUGGAAACCUCUCUAAUUUGCACACUCUUGAUCUUCCCUCCAAUGAUUUUGAAGGAAUGAUGAUUCCCAAAUUCAUUGGCUUUCUGAGUCAAUUGAAAGAACUCAAACUUGCAGAAGCUAAUUUCAGUGGACCUGUUCCUCCCCAACUUGAAAACCUCACUAAUUUGCACACUCUUGAUCUUUCCUCCAAUGAUUUUGAAGGAAUGAUGAUUCCCAAAUUCAUUGGCUCUCUGGGUCAAUUGAAAGAACUCAAACUUGCAGAAGCUAAUUUCAGUGGACCUGUUCCUCCCCAACUUGGAAACCUCUCUAAUUUGCACACUCUUGAUCUUUACGGUAACCAAGUUGUUAGUUCAGAAAAUCUUGAGUGGUUAUCUCAUCUUUCUUCCUUGAGAUACCUGAACAUGUCAUGGCUGAAUUUGUCUGAGGCUGUGAAUUGGCCAGAAUCUUUGAGCAAGCUCACUUUACUGAGAGAGCUCGAGUUAUCCGAGUGUAACCUUCCUGAUGUCAAUCCAAGAUCACUUGCCUUUAUUAAUUCUUCCACCUCUCUUCAACUCCUUGACCUCUCUUAUAACUCUCUGAAUUCUUCAAUAUUUAAUUGGAUAGCCAAUCUUAGAGUCGUUGACCAAUUGUCUGAAAACAUUGAGGACUCUGUUAAAACCUUGUCUUGUGCUGAGAACACACUUGAGACCUUGGCCUUGGCAGGGAACCAGUUUUGGGGAUCGUUGCCGGAUUUCACACGUUUCUCAAAGUUAAGAGAGUUGUAUCUUGGCGCUAAUCAAGGAAAUGGGUCUGUACCCGAGAGUGUCGGGCAACUCUCUAGCCUUGAAACAUUAAUUCUUUCGGGAAUUCUUUGA